AUGUCAUUUCGGUGUCUCUCGAGUACAACUCAUGCGCAGGACCGGCAGUCCGAAUACGACGAAUUCUUUCGCUGUACGACCCAACGGUGGAUCUGGAAUGAGGCCCGUCAGCUCGCGAUGCGGUAUAAGCCGUUCAACGUUUCCGCUCUCAAGCGUGUGGCUUGCGAUGCGACAGGUGCGAAGACCUGCACGUCAAUGAUCAAGUUCGCUGAAGGGUCCUUCAACAAAAUCUUCCUAUUAAAAUUCGACAACGGAGAAGAAUGCAUCGCUCGUAUACCUUGUCCCGGUGCUGGCUCUGACAGGCUCUUGAUCUCGAGUGAAGUGGCUACUCUGGACUUCGCGCACCGCCACCUCGGCAUUUCUACUGUGCCCAAGAUACUAGCAUGGAGUGCCGACGGCGACGGCUCUGAAGUCGGAAGCAGCUAUAUGAUAAUGGAGAAGCUGCCGGGAGUGCCUCUUUCUGACCGCUGGUAUAGUCUCACUGCCAAAGAAGCAUGGGACGUGAUGGACUCUACGAUUCAGAUGGAGAAGACGAUGCGCUGUGUCCAGUUUUCGCAGAUAGGAAGCCUCUACUUCAAGGAGGAUGUUUCUGAAGAGCUCCAGUCUCGCCGCCUCUACGCAUCUGACGUUCCUGAUGACGACGCUUCUGACAGGUAUCGCAUUGGACCGACUGUUGAGUACGAUUUUUGGAGGGGCGAGAGGAAGAACUUGAACAUUGACCGUGGACCUUGGUCUGACGUUUACUCCUACGCGGUAGCGGUCGCGGAACGGGAGAAACUAUGGUUAUCUUCCUUUACACCAGAUCGUUCUGCUCAUCUCAAGGGCCCUUAUGCAUCCCGCGAUGCUCAUCUUCAACUUUUGGACGACUUUCUUGCAACCAUACUAAAUGUCGAUAUACCCGCUCAUUUCUU